CUUGAGGUUGGUAUUGAUCCAUCCUUGGUUUCAGUUUUAUAGCAAAUCCUGAUGGUGAGAGUGGAUGAAGACUUUUGUGUUGGUUCUUGCAAUCAACAACAGAGAAACUGGUGUGCUUUGCGCACUUGCACAUCAGGGUUUUAGGAGUCGCCGUUAGCAAGGAAAUAAUUGCAAACAGGGUCAUUUGCAGAGAUACAGUGAUUCGUGAUGUAAAGUUGGGGGACCAAUGGCCCCUUGGACCCCCUACUCAAUGUGUGAACAAGUCUUGGGACCAGGUUUGCAGGUUGGACCGAAGUGAAAGAUUUCUUGUUGUUCGGAUCCAAAACGCAGAGCUGAAAGCAAACACCAUGUUCAGGUUUUCUCUAAUAUUCUGUGUUUCUGUGAUAUAUGGCAUCACAGCAAAGCCAUAUAAAUCCUGGGAUGAACCUGCAGAUGAAGCAUUCCAGGACACCAUUAUGUACAAAGAUGACAAAGGGAAGAUUUCCUGGGGAAUCGAAGUGGAGCCUCCAGAGGACAUGGAUAGGACGGACUAUGACAUUGACCCUCAGAUGAAGAUUUGGAAGAGUAUGACAGGCGGUGGACAGGACCAACAGCCCCUGAAGGCCGAAGAAGACUUGGAUGAGCUGUACCAUCCUUCUGUGGCUCAUCUCCUCAAAGUUCAAAUCCAAGACCUGGAUGCCCACCCUGCUGCCAACAUCCAGGCAGAGUCCUCGCAUGAAGAGGCCGACAUCAAGUACAAUCAGGAACCAGAGGAUAAAGAUGAUGUGGACCACCCUGUUUUCAUUAAGGUGGCUUCAGAAGAACCCGAGCAGGACUGGGAUGAAGUCUCCCGCAAAGCGAGGGAGGAACUGGAUGGAUAUCUGGCUCCACUUGUGGCUGGAUACAAAGCUGGUGCAGAGGUCCGCGUUGCACACUCCGAACCAGAAGAGGACAUGGACGACCUGUACCACAAAGAUGUCCUGAAGCCCAUCCCUUACCAAGUUGAUACUAGAACUGCCGUUCCUGCUGAUUUGCCAUUUCCGAGAAAGCACAGCGAACCAGAGGAAGAUCUGGAUGAUCUAUACCACCUGUGAUCUUUCAAUAACAGCUCAACUUAUGUAGAUCCUUAUCAUUUCAAAUCAGAUACAGAUAGGAGACGGUGGCUGCAAGAGGUAAAUAAAUCAGAAGUGAUGAUUUGAAUCUAUUAAACUGUCCUCAGUGACAAUGAACAUGUCAAAAUCUCAAAGAUAAAGGUACUUUAACACACUCAUCAAAAACUUGAUGGGUUUUAUUUAUUGAAAUGUAUGUACAACGCAGAAGUUAU